UAUAUGCAGCGGCUGAUAGAAUUUAUAUGAGACACACAGACUAUACAUCAGGGCGUUUGCAGGACCUGAGCAUCACCCAGAGAGACCCGACAGAUGUCAAGAUGCUGGAGGUGGAUCCCGAUCCGAUCGCAGUCCCUUUGGACUUGGCGGAUCUGUUGCUAGAUGAUUUGGCUGAUGAUGAUAUAAAUGAAAAAUUGCUGGAUGUUGAUUCCCUCUUUGACUACUUAGAACUCAACGACAGCCUUCCUCAUCCAUGGACCUUUGAUGACCUCCCCACGGCAGCUGAGGCACCCAUCGCCAACAGCAUUGAGCAGAUACAGGAACCCAAAGCAAAAGGUCAAUCACGAAGGAGAAAAAGACCGAGAGAUUCUCAGCCACAGCUGUGCUCCGAUAAAAGCCCCAAAGCAAAACGGCCAAAACCAUCAGGCCAACCAAAAACCAAAGAGUCACAGGCUGAGCCAGCUGUUGAGCCAGGCAGUGAUCCCGCAUCAGGGCCGAGUCCAGCAGAGACUUUACCGAUGUCCACCGCCACUCCAUCAAGAAUUUUUCGCGUCUACCCUUCCCAAACAGGCUCUGCGAUUCCCAUUCAGUUUAUCACUAUCUCAGAUUCCGCCGGAAAUCCAGUCCAGCUUUCUCCUCCUCCUCCGCUCAUUAGGUUUCCAUUCCCCGGCAGCGCCACUACACCUACAUAUAUAUUAGUUCCUACUGUGUCACCACCCCCCAAAUGCCAAUUACCACCACUCUCCCCAGUCGAUGGCACAGUCGCUCCGGUCCAAAUGAGUUCAUCCCCACUGGGUUCUCUGUCAGAAACAGCUAGCAAAGCCAUGUCUCCCCCUUGUACCUCACCUGUAUCCCCAGGCAAUGAAAUGUCUCCAUGUAAGGAAUCACCUCUUCCUCUGUCUCCCAAGAUCCUUGAUAUUCCACAGAAUGUCAAGGACUACAUUCAGGAAGCCAAAGCUCACAUGAGUCAAACCUACCAGGAUAUGGAGGCGGGCCUCAGCCUGUCUUCUCAUUAUGUAGAUGUUCAAGUGAGCCAAAGAGAGGUAGUUCGCUCUGGGAAAAAUACAAACAAAUGCCUGGACAAGGAGCUAGUCAUCAAGGGGGACACAGAUCGGCAAAAAACCAUGCUGGCACUGAGUCGGAUCUUUGAUGGUUCAAAUGGAGAAAAAUCCAGACGGUACAUUUUGUUGCUUGGCAAUGCCGGCAUGGGAAAAACUACUCUGAUCAAGAAGCUGUGUAUUGAUUGGUCCAGAGACUGCAUCCCUCAGUUUGACUUUGUAUUCCUAUUAGAUGGCAAAAAGCUCAGUGUGACAGAGCCGGUCUACAGCCUUCAGACACUCCUGCUCAACCUCUCCUCCUCUGCCCCAUCCUGUGUGGACCCAGAAGCAGUGUAUGCUCAAAUCCUGGCAGCCCCUAAGCGUGUGCUCAUCAUUUUUGAUGGUUUUGACGAAUUGCGGAACUAUGAAACUCUACUUCAAGCUCAGGAAAAAGACCUAACAGCUUCACUGCAAAAAGACAGCAAGGCAAAGACUUUCACAGUAAGGCAGUUGUAUUCUGCCAUUCUUCAAAGGGUCCUGCUUCCAGGCUGCACUCUUCUACUCUCCACCCGGCCACGGGGAACUGCCAGCCAGCUGCUCAGGCGCACAGACAGCCUUCUGGAGAUGUGUGGGUUUACCCCAGCAAAUGUGGAAACAUAUUUGUCCCAGUACUUCUCUGAUCCUGGCCUCAGAGAAUCAGCUUUGGAGAGUCUAAAAAGCAUGAGCUACCUAAAUCUCCUUUGCUGGAACCCCGGACUAUGCCGGCUGGUGUGCUUGAUUUUAGAGCAGUCUAGAAGUGUGGAUGUCCUACCAAGAACUUUAACUGGGCUCUGUCAUCAGGUGCUGUGUUUAAAAAUGGAUAAAGACAGCAGGAGUACUCCCACACACACCGAAGCUCAAGCACAAUCCAUAAGAGACACUGAGACACAAAUUUCAAAUAUCCCUCAGGCGAAGAAGUGUUCGAAAAAUAAUCAGGCAAAGUCCAGAACGCAGGCACGCACUUCCUCUCGCACCCAAAGGGCAAAGAAGGCACAAGAACAGGAGGCGCAAGUAGACAAAGUGGAUCAGGAUCUCAAGAGCAGUGGCGGAGAAGCCGUAACGGAGGACAGGGAGUUGUUGUCCCAGCUGAGCUCUUUGGCCUGGGAAGGGGUCAAAGCCAACUCUUCCAUCCUUCCCACAGGACGGGACAUAUCUGCCAAAGUCAAGGCGUUUGGCCUGAGAACAGGCCUCUUUCUCUCUCAUCAGCUGAGAGCGAGUCCAUGCCUCUCAAAUAGUACCAAGGAGGAAGGAGAAAAUGAGACAGAAGCUGGAGAGACAGAACAGAGGACUGAAAACAGUGAAAGGAUCACCAAUGAUUUAACUGAUCACCAAAAUGACCAGAUCCUCUUGUGGGCCAACCCUUUUCUUCAGAGUUACAUUGCAGGAGUACAUCUGGCUUUGUCAAGGACUUUAACAGACCGGUCCUUUCUCCAGACCCUCCCUUUCCAGUCUGGAGGGAAAGGUCGUCGGCGACCUCAAAGGGAGGAACUUGAGCUCACUCAGCGAUUUGCAGUUGGCCUCUUGUUCCACAAUAGGACAGAACUGCAGCGAUUCCACACGCAUACAGAGACUGCCUUUAGAGAUAUGGUGGCUAACAAGCAGGGGUUGGUAACAAAACACCUGGAAGGGCUUUCCUACGCUGACCUUACUCCCUCCCAAAUCUUGGAGGCAUGCCACUACGUCUACGAGGCGAGUUUUACGUACAGUGAUGGUGGCCGAGACGCUGGCAGGACUCGGCUGGUGACACACCUGGCAGCAAAUCUUCCAGAGUUCCUGACGUUUCAUGGAGUUCAACUAAGCCCACCAGAUGUGUUCACUGUUCAGAAAGCACUUGAACAGGGGGAAACUGAAGGCAGAAGUUUCUGUUUGGACCUGGAGGACUCUGGCAUCCAGAUCUGUGGACUUCGAGCUCUGGUUGGCCUCAACAACAUCAACACAUACAGGUCAUGCAUUGCUGACGCCAUUACCCUCUGGGAGCUGCUGGAGCAGAGUGACGAAGAAAGUCUCCUCCAGAGGGCAGUGUCCAAGUUCACAAUCCAUCCUCUGAAAGCUAAACAGGUGUGCCAUAUAGAGCACCUGGAAAAGCUGGUGAACAUACACAUUCACAAGAGGCUAUCAGACAGCUCCAGCGAGUCUCACUCCAUCCUGUCUGAGGGAGUCCCAGCAGUUAAAGAGCUACACAAGCUGGAGUUUGAACUUGGUCCAGAUAAUGGUCCUCUGGUUCUUCCGAAGCUGUGGGAUCUCCUGCCAGGGCUGCAUAACCUACAGCACUUGGACCUAGAGAACAGCAAGAUCGGGGACAAAGGAGCAGAGAAGCUGGCCAGUGCGUUAGUCUCACUCCCUUCUUUGGAGAUCCUUAAUCUAUCACAGAACUGCAUAGGAGAUGAGGGUGUGAAGAAGUUAGCAGCCACACUGAAGGACCUGCCUAAUCUGCACUGUUUAAGUCUCUACAGCAACAUGAUUUCUGAUGAAGGGGCAGAGAGUUUAGCAGCUGUUCUCCCACACAUGGCUUCCCUCACUGACCUUGACGUAAAGUUUAACAAACUAACAGAUGUCGGCGCACAGAGCUUAGGAGCCAGCCUAAGAAACUGUACAAAAAUUAAGACUUUAAGGAUGUGGAACCAGUGCAUCCCCUUCGGUGUGCUUGAGAGACUCAUUCAGCAGGACAGCCGCAUCCUAUUGCACUAAAAUGCAAUUCCUCUCUACCAGCUUAUGAACUGUUUUCAUCAUGCAACUCAUGAUGUACACUUAAAUUGCACAAUGCAUUUUCAAACGUGUGUGCUUGCAAGGAAAGGACACAAACAAAUGAUUUCGUGAAACUUGAGAUUACACUACAACUGACGUACUUGCUGCUUGUUCUCUGCUGCUGGUUCUUCAUAACAUUCCACUAUCUGCAUUACAAACUCUGUGUGUGUGUGUGUGUGUGUGUGUGUGUGUGUGUACUGUUUUUCAGUACUUUCAACUUCAAGAAGCACAAUUGCACUUUUAUAGUCGCCCUUUGUUAUUAAAGGUGGCUGGAUUUUUUUUUAUAGUUGUCUGUCCAAGUGUUUGCCAUUAUCUGCCUUUAGGUGCCUUUAUUCGUGUAUUUGUGGUGCUGUGUGUGUGUGUGUGUGUGUGUGUGUGUGUGUGUGUGUGUGUGUGUGUGUGUGUGUGUGUGUGUGUGAGAGAGAGAGAGGGGGAGGAUAACGGUGUGUUUUUCUGGCUAUAAAUUAUACAGUACUGAU